CAACAUAAACUAAAAUGGCGAAGGUUUGGCUGUGUCUGCAUGGUUGUGCUUUUUGUUAGCAACUAUCUUGAUGUGGCUGCAGUCUGUAGUUAACCUGUUCAUUGCUGAAAUCAAGAGCUCUUAAAAAUGGUGGAUGCUGAGACCACAGCUAUACAGAAAAUAAAAAGCAAUGGUAACAGACCUGAGGAAUGGCUGGAGUUUUUGGCUCUGCAACAAUCAACACUGGCAGCAGAUCUUACUGAUGAGAACUGUCGGCACUUGCUGUACCUCUAUGAAAGAGCUGUCAGUCAAAUUCCAGCAGAAGAAAAUAAGAAAAAUAUCUCCUAUGCCCACAUUCUUGUAAAUUUUGCAAAACUGCAAAUGAAAAUAUCGAAAGAUGAUGCACGGAGCACAUUCCAGUUGGCACGAAACAAUGCAAAACACUUUGCUAUUGUUUUUGUUGCAUGGGCACAGUUUGAGCUUUCAGCAGGAAACAGAAGCAAAUGCAGAAGCUUGCUACGAAAAGGAAAAGAUUCUGGUGCAGAACCCAAGGAGUUACUUUUGAAAGCUUAUGAUAACUUUGUAGCACAAAGGAAGGUGUUGAUUGAGGAGUCUGAGGAACUGACAGGCUUUACAGGUUACAGAGCCAACCAGAAGAGUAGUGAAUCAUCAGUAGAUAUGUCACCUUUGAGUACAGAAGAUGAAAGUUCAACAGGCACUAACACACAGCUCACAGAGGCUGACACUGCAAAAGUUUCAGACAAUACCACUGCUGUGAUUUCAUUCAAAUUACCAAGUGUUCUGGAGAGCUGUGGCAAGAAACCUCUCAGUUGCAGACGAAGUAACAGCAGCAGUAGCAGCGAUGAGACAGACAGCAUCCUUUACCAGUCAUCCACCCACAGGCAGCGGGGGAGCAUGUCCACCCAGAAACCAUCUGUGAAAUCCACUCCUGACUUCAAAUCAGGUACAGACAGUCUUGCAGGAUGUAUGAAUCUAUCAGUUCGCCGCCACAAAGCAAGACGCGGUGGAGGAAUACACUUUGGUCUUCCAAUGAGAGUGAAGAGACCACUGCCUGCAUUGAGUGAGCCUGGUGAUGAGUUGGAUGGUAUAACUGAACUGGACUGUACCGUGGAGGUGCCUCAACAACAGAGUUGUGAACCUGAGACAGCUGCCAGUAACCAGAUACAUGGAUUUCAUCUGGCCAGGAGCAGUGUUCAUUCUGCGUGGCGUUUCAGGAAUAAUACAGUGGAAACACAGGAAGUUGUUGCCCCGCAAGUAACAGAAAACCUACUGUAUAACCAGCAGUCAGCAGGGUCUUAUUCAUUUACUGCAAACCCUCAGCCAGCGAUGCUGAAUAACAGCUGCAGUACACAACAAGGAGAGGUAUCCAACUCAGGUCGCCAGCCCAUGCUUUAUCAAAUACCAACACCACAAGGUUUGCCAUCUGCGUCAAGCCAAGUUAUUGAUGGCUCAGUCACCAUUCGGAAACAAAGUACUACUUCAACUGCACAACCCGCUGAAAGAAAUGGCUCUCUGUUGCAAAAGAAGACUGCACAAGUUAGUCACAGUGGCCCGUUGCACUCGACGCCUGGUCAGCUCUUAGGUGCCCGUUGUGCCCCAGGUUACCCUCAAGAAAUGCAGUUCUCAAGGUCAGCAGCCGUCCCUGCCCAGUCCUCGCAGGAGACUAUCAGAGUGAAAGGCAAAUUGUACCAGAGAUUAGGUACUAUUGGUAAGGGCGGCUCCAGCAAGGUCUUCCAAGGUUUCGACGGGAAAAGAAUAUGUGCUAUAAAGUGCGUGAAUUUAGAAGAAGCCGAUGAGUUCAUUGUUCGAAGCUAUAUCAACGAGGUGCAAUUGUUGGAAAGAUUGCAGGGCAAUGAUAACAUAAUUAAACUAUUUGACUGGGAGCUGAGCCAAGAGAUGAGUUCCCUUAUUUUGGUGAUGGAAUGAGGAAGUAUUGACUUGGCGGGCUUUUUGAGAAAGAAUCGCACAAAGAUAACCGAGAGUGAGCUUCAGGUGUUUUGGCGACAGAUGCUGGAAGCUGUUCACGUGAUUCAUGAAGCACGCAUCAUUCACCGAGACCUAAAGCCUGCCAAUUUCUUGUUGGUCGAAGGGCGCUUGAAACUUAUCGAUUUCGGGAUUGCGAAUUCUCUUCAAGGGGACAAAACAAGUGUUGAACUUGAAACACAGGUUGGCACAUUAAACUUUAUGUCUCCAGAUGCUUUUCAAGAUAUCUCUCACGCGCCUCGAUUUGACAGUGCAGGAAAUGCAAAACCCAGAAUGAAGAUCGGCCGAGCAAGCGAUGUUUGGUCUUUAGGCUGUAUCCUGCAUAUGAUGGUGUAUGGUAGGACUCCUUUCCAACACAUAACUAAUCAUAUUUUCAAGCUGCAAUGUAUGAUGGAUCCUUCACACGUCAUCGAGUUCCCGGAAAUUAAAGACAAAAACUUGCUUGAUGUCAUGAAGGGUUGUCUUCUCCGGAAUCCCAAGGAGCGUUAUACCAUCCCUCAGUUGUUGGCUCACCCUUACAUAAAUCCUCCAUCACAUGAUCCCCCGGUGGAAAUUGAGGAUGAAGACAAAAUGUUUCAUGUCCUGAUGGAGUUCGCCAAGGCAGAUGUCAACUCUCCCCGCUCGGUGCGAGCUCUUAGUAAGACGUUUUACAAACAGCUACUCACUGGUAAAAAGGUGAGCCUAUCAUCUGCCGCACCCCAAGCCUCGAUCCCAAUGCAUUCUCAGUCACCUCGUCAAGAGCGUCAAAUUCCGCCUCGUCAAGUCCUGGAGCCUGUCAUCCGCCAGCCUCUUGUGGGGAUAGAUGUGAAGGCGUUGAAUCAGGCUCAGAAAGCGCUGAAGCCCCCACAUGCUUCGGGAAAUGCCAAAUAUAUGAAAGAAAAUGAUAGAGAACAGGAUAAGGAAAACCCGGAUCUCGAUGGGCUUUUAAAGCAUGAACUUUUAGAGAAAUACAAGAACGCACAUCCUCGUAACACAUCUGAGUUUUCCUUUGAACAAACCUGGAACACAACAUAUGAGGACUAAAUUAAUCCUGACUGAUAAGGAUCCCUAAAAUUCUUCGUUCAACACGAACAACUCGUCUGUUUUUCCGAGUAUUGGUUCUAUUGAAGUAUUUUUGUGUUUGUGUUUGUGUGUACUCUUUAAUUCAUGUAUAAACAUCUUGAUAGUGUAAUAUAUUUUUCAUAGUGGAGUGGGUUUUAAAUCCAAGACAUUGAAGUUUUGAUUACGCAAAUGGUUAAACCAAGCGCAGAUAAAUUGCGUUUUGUUCUGAUUGGCUUAAAAUAUAGGUUAUGAACAAAAUGAAUGAAUAAAUCGUUACACGAUUUGUUUAUAAACAGGCUGAAGUCAGUAAAUCUGUUUAAGAAAGCAAAACAAACUCAGCUUGCGAAACAAGCACUCUUAAACAGUUUUCUUCGACAGCACCAGAUUAUCAAACUCGUAGUAUUAGCGAUAAGUGGAAAGGGGAGUUAAAAGAGGGAGGGAGAGGAGAUGGGAUGAAAUAAAAAAAUGCUAAUAGCUGGUACAUGUGCGAGUACGGGCAGGUAAUUGUUUUGCACUUAUCAACAUAAAUUUUUUACUCAGUGUUUUUUUCAGAAACAUUUAUUAGUAAAUGACAACAGGGCAGUGAUGACUUGAAGUGUAACCUAUUACAGUCAUUAUCGAUCCCUACCAAAUCAACCGUAUUGCUGAAUCAGGCCUCCCCCCCAUCGUACUUCUCUCAAAAUACACGGCUAAGUGGACUUUCGACGAAUGCUUUUAGGGUCCACUUAAUGCUCUCUACCCACCCUCUACUCACAGUCACCUAAAGAAGGUUAAGUACCACGGCCUCUUUCUCCAUAACAAAUACACAGUCAAUGUUAUCGAUAAAAGCCAGCGCUUUUUUUUUCAAUUUGAUCUAAAGAUUGCGUAUUAGACGAAUAAACUACCGAACGGCUAGAGGUAAUAGGCGUUCAGUACAUAAUCAAAGGGUCGUUAUUUAUAUUAGACCUUCUUGUCUUCUUUAAACUCGUUAUCCCAUGAAAUUGUGAAAAUUUUAUGGGUGAUUACUUUUACCGCAGUGCCGAGUGAUGUGUUGCGGCGCGCACUGUUUUAUUGAGAGAAAAAUAGAUGUCUCUAUGAGCAAAAUAUCUUGAUAAUUAGCAAUAUUGGAUUUGACUUUCUUCCGCGAUUUGUUAAGUGUCGUGAAUGAUUCCUAUAUCAUAAGGAAAUGGGUAAUACUUGUUUUCCUUUUGAGGUGCCAAUGAUAAGAAGCAAGACAGUGAAGUGGAAACAAUAUUCAAAAUCGAUGGAAUUAACAUUUUGAACUGUUACAGGUCAAUUGGUCAAAGCGAGAAACUAACAUUUUCGGUCUCGAUUCCUGUUAGAUCUCUGAGUUUUUUUGUUUUGUUUGUUUUGUUUUUUUUUUGAUCAUUGCCUGCUUCAUUGUGAUUCGAGGUACAAAUAGUCUGUCUUUACUUCUGUUUAUUUGCGAUUCACGCGUGAUUGCUUUUUCACUAACAUGUAACAUCACCUUACGUAUCAUUCCAUUAGGUGACGAAACUCUACCCUGUUGAUAUGUUUGCAAGUGAAUGCGGCAAAGCAACUUACCAAACACCACGCUUACUAAACUUAUAAGCCUCAAUAUACUUACAUUUUAUAGUAACGUAUUUAAUUUUAGUUGAUUAAAGUAGGAAAUCGGAUGUGCUUGAAUAGACAUC